GAGAAGGACAGGUGUGGUGGGGUGGAAGAGCUAAUGCAGCACGUGAACUUCUGGGGCCUGGAGCGCCUCAGGUCCGAUGAAUCUGCCAGCCCCAUUUCGCCACUUCUCGCGGUGGUUUCUGCUGUGUUUGUAUGUAGGGCUGAGUUCGGUAUGCUGGACGACGACCAAGAUGAGAGGUUGACCGGUGUGCAGGCCUCAGUCUUGCUGCGGGUCAAUGGCAACCUCUCAGACCAAGACGUCACACACAUCCUUGCAGGCAAAACAGGAAUGGGUACCAUUCGAUGCAGUCCAAGUGUGUUUUCGGUGUGUGUUACCUUUGCAGAAGCCCCAAAGAGGGUGGACUUCCCGUCGUUCUGCUCCCUGCUGCUACAGGCUCUCAUGGCCGAUGCCAAUCGGUCGCUGCCUUCGCCAGAGGAGCUUCAGGGGGCGUUGGAGUGGCUGGGGCGGGAGAGUGGACGUGGUUUCCUGGAUGUGGAUGGACUGAUGGGGGUGAUCGAUCAGCCUGAGGAGGGAGGGAGCAGCGUCGGGCAGGGGGGGAGGGCAAUGCUCAAGGAGGAGAUGCAGUGCGAUGAGGACGGCAGGAUUGACUGCCGGAGGCUGGCAUACAGGUGAACCAACAAACGUACUGCAAAUAAUUGCGUGAGUGUGCGCCUUCCUUGGGACACACUGGACACACUGCAGGUUGCUCAAUGAGUAUCCACCAGAGGACGCCGGCUGCCAAGACAGAGAGACUCAGAUGAGUGGCGAGAAGAUGGAGGCCACUAUCCAUGCACUAAGAGGUCCGCAGACCGUAGAAGAAAGCACAAACUUCAAUCAUGGCUAUGUUGUGUUCCCUUUUUCUUUACAGCUGUGUGCUCGGCUGAGUUUCGCAGCCCUAAGAGGGCCAACCUUUCGGCCAAGAGCAGCAGCCCCAACGCAUCGAUGCCGCCCACGUAUCCGGCCGCUGCUGAAGAGGAGAUGGACUCGCCGACCCACCAUCCACCGCCACAGCCACAGAAUGAUGUGCCAGUGCAAGCUGCUGAAGAAGAGUCCAAUUCUCCCUUUGCCGAUAUGGACAAGUGGGCAAUGAGAAAACAAUCGAGCAGCUUGCUUGACAAUUGCGUCUUUGCGUGUGUAGCGGUGUAGAUGUGUCGUUCCCAGAGGGGGCUGAGAGCACUCCUGUCUCCAGGUGGAUGAUUCCUGAGGUGUAUGCGUCACAAAUGGGCCUCAGCGUGAGCGCGAAGUUGGCAGCUGACACAUCACCAUGAUACAAGUCUCCUUGUCGCCGCACAGCAUGGCCGUCACCGCACCUCUCAGCUGAGGAAGGAGAGCGCGGCGGCAUCAUCACUUGAGGAAAUCAACCAGGACGACGAGGCGGUGUAUCAGCUGCUGAGGCCCCUCUUGCUGAUGGAUCUGCCUCACCCCUGGACCGCGGUGAUGGACCCAACAAAUCGGGUGUACUUCUACCACCCCGGGGCUGUGCACUCACAGGUGAGGCGUGACACAGGAAGAGAGAGAGAUGCAUCUAUCUGCGUCUUCCCUUGCUUGCAGUGGCAGCAUCCUCUGGAGCACUUCUUCAUGGCUUUGAUCACACUCCUCCGGUCGCUGAUGCCCGGAGAGCUGCAUGAGCCCAACAGGAUGAAGGCCAUCAUCACUGUAAGCUGACAGACGCAGGCACACACACACACACACCUCUCUCUCUCUCUCUCUCUCUCUCUGCGCGCGCGCGCGUGUGUGUGUGUAGGAGAAGGUCUCGGCCCUCCUCUCCCCCACCAACAUUCUCAGGUCUUAUGGUCUAUGGGAGGGCCCUUUCUCUGAGGACACAGCAGGCGCAUCAGCGGCUCACCCUCGAUGCUGGUACGUCGAGGAAAUGGACGAAGCCACGAGUGUCUCCCUCCCGGCCCCUUUUGGGAGCCAGCAGCGGAACACUCAUGGCAUGCCUUCACGUCAGAGAGGGCCGCACGCGAGGUGGGACAAUCCAGCGAGAUCGGUGGCCAACGAGAUAUACGUCAAGAUCAGGUGUGUGAGGGGAAAGGCAACGAGCACGGGCUGCGAAUGACGAGAAUCCUUCCACUGGUCAGGAUGCUGCGCGAGCUCUGGGGUGCUUUAGUGCCUGAGGAGCCCUUCAUCUACACCGAUGACGAGCUGAGACACCAAUGCAAGGCCGUCAGCACGGUGACAGCACGCUUGCUCCUUUUGUCUCAUGCAUGUGUGCUCUUGUCGUGUUGAUAUAUGUGUGCAGUGUGUGUUAAGGUCUCGACAGGAUGCUGGAGACACGAGUGACGAGACGCCGCCUCGUUUGGUGCCGCCGUUUGGUGUGUGUGCGUCGCCGCAGAGCCCCGCACCAAGCAAGAGGACAUUUGAAUGCUUGUGAUGCACAGAAAUCGACCGCAUAUAUGUCUCAAGAGUUGGCUUAUGACGCUUUGGGCGUGUGCGUGGACAAGAGAUGCGCAGAUUUCCUUUUGCU